AUGGCGCGCUCCGUCAACACCAAGAUUACCGAGCUAUUCAACAUUAAGAUACCCAUCAUCUCCGCGCCCAUGGCCUACGCGACGACCCCGGCACUUGUCGCGGAGGUCAUCAAGGGCGGUGGGCUCGGCUUCCUCGGUGCAGGCGCUGAGCCGGCGCCCAAGAUCGCACAGGCCAUCGACGAAGCCCGAGCCUUGCUCAGCCCCGAACUUCAGCGCGUCGUUGGCAUGGGCUUUGUGGGCUGGGUCCUCGACAAGCUCAACACCGAUGCCGACCCGCGUUUCCAGGCUGCCCUCGACAAAGCGCCAUCCGCCAUUUUCCUCGCGUACGGGCCCGAUCUGAACAAAUACGUUACGCAGGUCCGCGCCUUCGACGCGUCCAGCGGGCGCAAGACCUUCGUAUUUGUCACUGUUAACACUGUUCAGGAGGCCGUGCGUGCCGCCAACGAUUGGAAGGCCGACGUCCUCGUCGCACAAGGUGCUGAGGCGGGCGGCCGCGGCAGCGUCUACUCACCUCCAACCGCGCAGUUCCUCAAGGACGUGCUCGCGGCGCUGCCCGGCGGGCCCCCGGUCGUCGCCGCGGGUGGGAUCACGACAGGGCAGCAAAUUGCAGCGCAGCUCGCAGCAGGCGCGGCGGGCGUCGUGCUCGGCACGCGGCUGCUCUUCACAGAGGAGUGUAUGUACAGUGACGAGAUGAAGGACGUGCUCGUGCGCGCUGGCCCGGACACUACGGCGCGUAGCACCGCGUAUGACCUUGCGUUCCCCCCGGGCGUGUGGCCGGACGGCAUCCAGGCGCGCUGCGUCAAUAACGCGAUCGUCACCGAGUUUGCGAGCGGCGCGUCCCCCGAGGAGCGCAAGGCGAACAUCGCCAAGGGCGACCGCGACCAUCUCAUUGUCUACGCGGGCGUCGGCGUCGCAGACACCUCGGAGAUAAAGAAAACUGCGGACGUAAUGAAGACUCUGCACGAGGAAACGGUCGCUGCGCUGGAGAAGUCGGCUCCUCACCUGCUCGGGUGA